AUGGAGCCCCAAGAAGAGUUUAUUACUACCGAAGAAGUUGAACAAGAGAUUGUGCCUACGCUGGAAGUCGAACAGGAUGUUCCCAUGGAUAUCGAAGAGGAUAGUGACGAUGAUGUAAUGGCAAACGACGAUGAGGAAGCCUUGGAAGUCGAUAUGUCCAACAACUCGCUCACGUACUUCGAUAAACACACCGAUUCCGUGUUUUCCAUUGGUCAUCAUCCAAAACUGCCGCUAGUAUGCACCGGUGGGGGUGAUAACUUGGCGCAUCUAUGGACAUCGCAUUCACAGCCACCAAAAUUCGCCGGUACAUUGACUGGUUAUGGUGAAUCGGUGAUUUCGUGUUCAUUUACCUGUGAGGGGAGCUUCCUAGUCACUGCCGAUAUGUCAGGGAAAGUUCUUGUGCACAUGAGCCAAAAAGGUGGCGCUCAAUGGAAGUUAGUGUCGCAGAUGCAAGAAGUUGAAGAGAUUGUUUGGCUAAAGACCCACCCCACUAUAGCAAGAACAUUUGCGUUUGGUGCCACAGACGGGUCUGUUUGGUGCUACCAAAUUAACGAGCAAAACGGUUCUUUGGAGCAGUUGAUGUCCGGGUUUGUACAUCAGCAAGAUUGCUCUAUGGGUGAAUUCAUCAAUACUGACAAGGGUGAAAACACGUUAGAGUUAGUCACAUGUUCUCUGGAUAGCACAAUUGUGGCAUGGAAUUGCUUCACUGGUCAACAAUUAUUCAAAAUCACACAGGCAGAAAUCAAGGGACUGGAGGCUCCAUGGAUUUCCUUGUCACUGGCCCCGGCCACUUUAACCAAGGGUAACUCAGGUGUCGUAGCAUGUGGGUCCAACAAUGGUCUUCUAGCAGUAAUCAAUUGUAACAGUGGUGGUGCCAUUUUACAAUUAUCUACAGUGAUUGAACUAAAGCCAGAACAAGACGAACUAGAUGCCUCUAUUGAAUCUAUAUCCUGGUCGUCCAAGUUCUCUCUUAUGGCCAUUGGCCUUGUCUGCGGUGAGGUGCUCUUAUAUGAUACAAGUACAUGGAGGGUAAGACACAAGUUUGUUCUUGAGGAUUCUGUUACAAAACUAGUGUUUGAUAAUGAUGAUCUAUUUGUAUCGUGUAUUAAUGGUAAGGUUUACCAAUUUAAUGCAAGAACUGGUGGAGAAAAGUUUGUUUGUGUCGGCCAUAAUAUGGGGGUUCUUGAUUUUAUAUUAUUACAUCCUGUAGCCAGCGCCGGAAGUGAACAAAAAAGGAAAAUAAUAACUGCAGGUGAUGAAGGUGUGUCCUUGGUGUUUGAAGUACCAAACUGA